GAAAAAGAUUUGGUAAAAAAAAAUGAUGUGAAUUUUUCCUAAAUCACUCAUUUCCAAUUCUUAAGUUUUAAUUUAAGUUUUUUUCUUUACCCAUUAAAUUUUAACUUUUAAAUUUUAAAUUUUUCUUUUCAUUUACAACUUUUAGUUUUGAGUUAAAAAAAAAAAAAAGAAAUCUCACAAAAUUUUCAUCACAAUUGAACUUUAGUGAAUUUUACCCAAAUUUUCAAUUCUUAUAAAGAUUUUCAUGAAAGAUUUUAUUUACGAGAGAAAUUUUUAAAUCCUUAUAAGAAAUUUUAAGUUUGUUCGAAAGAAAUUAUUAUAAAUAAUAAAUUGAUAAAAUAUUUCCAAGAUAUAGAUUUUUAUAUCUAAUAAAUAUUUUUAUUCAUUUGACAAAAUUUAAAUAACACACUUUCCUAGAAAAAGUUGGAAUAUUUAACAAAAAGGUAUAAUUUUUAUUAAAGUUUGGAAUAUAUUUUGGAGUUUGAAGAUCAAAACAAAACAAUGUUCAAAGUUUAAGAAAAAAAGAAAAAAAAAGCAAAUAAAUGUGCUAACAGAAAAUCAUGGCGCCAUGUGUUUGAAUGCAAUUCUGACGCCUAAAUCGCUUCCCAUUUCUUCCACAAUCCCCCAUCGAAUCGAAACUCUCUUAUUCUUUAACAAACAAAUUUCGCAUUCUCUUUCAAUAUGGAUAAUCAAAAUCCUCACAAUGAUCCGCCGCUCCCGUCGCCGUCAUCAUCAUCAACGACAACGGCGAUUCUGGACGCUCCUCUUAACGCCAUGGGGUUCGAGAUCGAAACCCUAUCUCCUAACAGAGUAAGCGGCCGCAUUGUGGUUUCUCCGAAGUGCUGCCAGAUGUUUAAGGUGAUGCACGGGGGGGUAUCGGCGAUGAUAGCGGAAGCGCUGGCGAGCGUGGGAGCACAGAUGGCGUCGGGAUUCAAAAGAGUGGCCGGAUUUCAUCUAAGUAUUGAUCAUUUGCAAAGUGCUAAAAUGGGGGAACUCGUUCUUGCCGAAGCUGUCCCUCUUUCUAUUGGCGAUGCCAUUCAGGUGUGGGAGGUAGAAUUGUGGAAGGCGAAAAGUUCGAGCAUAGAAAGGAGGGACGUUGUGGCCUCCUCAAGGGUGACUCUUCUAUGCAAUAUGCCCGUUCCUAAACAUUCCCAACCCUUGGUUGACACACUUCAGAGGUUUGCCAAGUUGUGAACAAUAGGUUACGUUUAAUAACUUAAGACUCCUUUUUCUUUCCUUCGACUUUAACCAAACUCCAUGGUUAAAGAAUAUGUAGUAGCAUCUAUCUAUAGUUAAAAAACAAAGUUUGUAAUUAUUGCAUUGGAUAAUAUUUUUAUGUGGUCUUGACAAAA